GGGCGCGAGCGGGAGAUGGUGCUGCCGGGGCCGCUGCUCGGGAGUGCACGCCGUGCGAUCUUCGGGUCGGCGCAGUCUGUGCUCUGGGGUUUGAAGUCAAUAAAAGGAAGCUGCCACAAUUUUUGUACUGCUGUUUUCAAAGAUGUCACUUACAAGGAACUUAAAAGUCUCUUGAAUUCCAGACAAAUUACGUUAAUUGAUGUUAGAGAGAGAUGGGAAAUUGUUGAGUAUGGGAAAAUUCCCGGGUCUGUCAAUAUACCAUUGGAUGAGGUAGGUGAAGCUCUACAGAUGAACCCAAAAGACUUCAAAGAGAAGUACAAUGAAGUAAAACCAUCCAAAUCUGACAGCCUAGUGUUUUCUUGUUUAGCUGGAGUGAGAAGCAAGAAGGCUAUGGACACAGCAGUAUCUCUGGGCUUUAACAGUGUUCAACAUUAUGCUGGAGGAUGGAAGGAAUGGGCGACUUAUGAAUUUUCAGAAAAGAAAAAAGGAAACUGAAUUCUGGAAUACAAGCUGGCUCUUUCCUUUUGUACAUGCAGCACAGGAUAGUAGAAUGAACAAAAUAAUAAUCUAGUCCUGGCAUCACUGGUUAAUGGGAAGGGGAUUUUGUGUAAGUCAAUUCUGUGUUGAAUCUUUUUCUUAACUAUAAACUGUAAAUUGAGAAUGCCUUGCCUAUUUCCUUGAGGAUUGAAAUAAUGUAUGUAACUUGCCAUAGAAAUAUAAGGGUUGGAUUCUAAAAAAAAAAUAAAAAUAAAAAUAAAAUUAAUGUUUAUUUAUGAGAGAGGGAGAGAGACAGAGCAUGAGCAGGGGGUGGGGUUGCAGAGAGAGAGAGGGAGACACAGAAUCUGAAGCAGGCUCCAGGCUCUGAGCUGUCAGCACAGAGCCUGACGUGGGGCUCAAACCCACAAGCUGUGAGAUCAUGACCUGAGCUGAAGUCAGACACUUAACUGAGCCACCCAGGCGCCCCUGGUAUCCUAGAAAUUAAUUUGUAAAUAGUUUAGUGAACUAGUUUAGUUUAGUAUAGUACAAUAGUACUCUCAAAGCCCAAGUUACUUGUAGUACCUAAUCAUAAUGUAGGACCAUUUGUGUUAGCAUGGCUUCUAUUCAUUAAAGAGUCUAUGAGCUAGACAAGUUUUUUUUUUUUUUAUGAUUAUAACAUAUUUUAGUUUGUAAAUUUUCCCAUUUUAGAAAAUUCAUAAAAUUGUCUUAAUAUGAUAUACAAAAUUUCUGAUAGAUAAACCUUUCACUCAUGAUGAAUAGUUACUGAAUAUUGAAUAAUAUAAAGCAGCUAGUAAGCAUUUCUUGAACACCUUUUCUUGGUUGAGAUCCUAUGCUAAAUAUUCCAAAUGCUAAAAAGAUAAUAAAACAGAUGCGAUUCUUCUCUAAAGAUGUUUGAUUUCUAGCAGAGGUCUAUAAAAGUAAAAACAAACAAACAAACAAACAAAAAAGCAGACUUUGUCUUAAAACACCAAGAAUCUGAGCUCUAGAAAAGUAGGUGAAAUAUGAAUAAUGAAAAUACAUCAACACCCCCCAAAGACUUACGGCAAUGUUGUAACCAGUAUGGUAGCAAUAUAACUUGCAACUUAAAUUAAUUAAUAUGACCUAUAAAAAUAGAAAUCAUAGCGACUGCUUCUGUAGAGGGAAGAUUAACUGGAAAAAGCAAGGAGGGAAAUUUCUAGGGUGAUGGAAACGAUUUAUAUCUUGAUUGAAGUGUUGGUACAUAGAGUAAUACAUUUAUCAAAACUCAUUGAACACUUGAAAACAUACGUUUUCUGUAAUUAUAUCUCAAUUAAAAAUAAUGAAAAUAUGAAAAAAAUUAAAUGUAAAUAACUGUCACUAGAAUGAAUAUAUGCCUUUGGAAUGUCAAGUCCUAUGUUUGUUAGUGCACUAGUGGUAAAACAAAGAAAGCAAAGAUGCUUUCUUCCAUCUGUGCCUCUUCAGACCCAAAUAUGUUCAGUCUCAUUUAUGUAGUCAUUGAGGUCAUGUAAGGCCUAGGAAGCAACUAUAAGGACUUGGUUUGUCCGCAGUGAUAUUAUUAAGCCGUUGGAAAAUCUGGGGUAGGAAUGAUGUGACCACCUCGAACUUCUAUUUCUCAUAAUGUCAGUCUAGUUUCUAGCAGGAACUAGAAGAGGUGGAAAAUAAACACACACACAGGCACGUUCCAAUAUUGGUUCAUUCUCUAUAGCUUUCCUUUUCCCUGGAGUAUAGCUCUUCAAAGCCUCACUGCUUCAGUAAUUCCUUCAUGCCUUUAAAUAAAUCUUACUUAUUGAUCUAUAUAAACAAAUAUUACUAGGACAAACAUAUGAAGGUGGGAAGAUUUGAAGAGAGAGAGAAUCUCUCGGAGAGAAGGGAAACUGUGGUUGAAGUACUGGGCCCAUCCAGGAAUAAGAACCUGGGUAAAGACCCUGGGUAAAUACACCAGAUGUUUAGUUGGAACCCCUGGGAAACUAUACCUUAGGAGUAAAGGUGAACCAGAAAUUGUCCAACCCUCAUAAAAAUGUAAGACCAGCUUCAAAUCCACUAAAUCACUGAAUGAAUUAAGGUGAUCUUAGGAGCCUACCAGAAGUAAAUCCCCUCUUAGAGAAAGAUAUCAUUAGCUAGCUAGAGCAAAGGGUUGGCAGCAAUGAAUUUUUUAGGUUUGUGGGCCAUAAGGUCUUUGUUGCAACUAUUCAACUCUGCUACUGUAGCACAAAGCAACCACAGACAACACAUAAAGGAGUGUGGCUGUAUCCUAACAAAACUAUGGCCACUUAGGUUCGAAUUUUCUAUUUCACGUGUUGCCAAAUAUUCUUCUUUUCAUUAUUUUCAACCAUUUAAAAAUAUGGCAAACAUUCUUAGCUCAACGGCCAGACAAAACUAGACGGCAGGUGAGAUUUGGCCCAUGAAACAUAGUUUAUAGACCCCUGAGCCAGAGCCAUAAAUAUUCUCUACAUUUCUUUAUAUUCAAUGUUCGGAAUUCUAUAACAUUUAUUAGAAAUGGCAGUAAAUAGGACCUCACAAUUGAAAAAUAAGAAAAAAAAAACUAAAAAAUCUACAUAUAAUUGACAUGUUGGCAUUUUCAGACAGACUUUAAAUUGUUUUCAAUGUUAUUUUUGAGAGAGAGAGAGAGCGAGCAGAGGAGAGGCAGACACAGAAUCUGAAGUAGACUCCAGGCUCUGAGCUGUCAGCCCAGGGCCCCACGUGGGGCUUGAACCCAUGAACUGUGAAAUCAUGACCUGAGCUGAAGUCAGAUGCUUAACCAACUGAGCCACCUGGGCACCCCCUGCCCCCAGACUUUAAAAUACCUAUGCUUUGUAUUUUCAAUAACUUAGAUGACAAAAAUUAUUAAUGGAAGUAAUUAGUGGAAACUACAAAAAAGUAUCAAAUAGAAAUUCUAGAAUUUAAGAAUAACUGAAAUUAAAAACCCAGUAGAUGGGCUUAACAGAUUAGACACAGCUGAUGAGGAUUAAUAAAAAUGAAAAAAAAAACAUUAAAACAAAGGCAAAGAAAAAGAAGUGUAUUCCUCAUAUCUUGGAUACCUAAACAAAGAUAAAGGACUCAGGGAAGAAUGUCUCCCUAUGAGUGACUUAGGGAGCAUAUGAAUUAUAAAUGAUUCUGGUGACAAAUUAAUAAAAUGUACAAAGUAAACUGAGCAAAUUACAACGAAGGCAUUACUAACCUUUCAGAAAGCCAAAAAUAUUCUAAAAGAAAUGUAACCAUAGUACACUACAGAACACAUUAUACAUAUAUACUUGAUAUACACUGAGUAUGAAUUUAACAAAAAUUACACAAUUAAAUUGGGAAGACAAUGGGAGUAGAAGUCUUAAUGUAGAACCAGGUUGGUGGGGAAGAGGAAGCAAGAGAAUAGAGGGAGGUGUGUGAGAAAGUGAAAUCUUCAUUUUCCAUAGGAAAGUUAGGAAGUUAAUAGAUGAUUUUACUAUUGGGAAAAAAAUCAAAAUAAAAAGCUGGAGGGUAAACAUAGGAAGCAGUAAGGUAAUUAAGACCAUGGAGGGGGCGGGGGGCGUCGGGCAGCUACCCAGGUUUUAAGAAUUAGAACCUGGGGCACCUGGGUGGCUCAGUAGGUUAAGCACCAGACUUUGGCUUAAGUCAUGAUCUCAUGGUUCACAGGUUCGAGCCCCACAUUGGGCUCUCUGCUGUCAGCACAGAGCCCACUUUGGAUCUUCUGCCCCCCACCCCUCUGCCCCUUCCCCAAUUGUGUAUGCUCUCUCUCUCUCUAAAAAAAAAAAAAAAAAGAGAGAGAACCUAAUCUGGGGUGCUUGGGUAGCUCAGUUGGUUAAGCAUCCAACUCUUGCUUUCAGCUCGUGAAUUUGAGCCCUGCAUCAGGCUCUGCACUAACAGUGUGGGGGCUACUUGGGAUUCUCUCUCUCUCUCUCUCUC